UUCAAUGAUGUGUUUUGUUUAGGCGUCUCCACUGCGAGGUCCUGUUUCGGGUUUCAAGAAAUCGGAUAGCGGAACAGAUGAUGCCGGUAAAUCUAGUGAGGCGACCACAACUUCGUCCAAUUCGAACCCAAAAGGCCAAAAUGGCAGUGUGUCCGUGGGUUCCCCUUCGGUUGAACGGAAGGAGAAGAAAAUGAAUGAUGAGAAGAAGGAAGACAAGGAGCUGCAUGAGCCAGCGGAGACCAGCGAGACUUGUGAUGGAAAAGACAAGGACAAAGUGUGUCAUGAUCCUGGAACUCUGACUGCCUGCAUUCUGAGCUCUGAAGUUGCAGCAGGGUUGAGCAAAUUGGUGGUUUUAGUCCAAAAUAAGGGGGAUAGCGCUUUGAUGGUAGAUAUGAGCGUGCCAAAUUCUGCCACAGGUUCUACAAAGAAGCAUGAAAUACCGAAACACCAUAUCAAAAAGAUUAAUAUUUCUCUUUCUAUGGGGGAAGGCAGUAAAGUUGUAUUAAAUGCUGGGAAACGGGAUUGCGUGCUUCACAUGGGCCCUCUUGUGGCUGACACGAGUGUUUUCCUCUACCUCCCUUCGUUUGACAAGCUAAUUACCCCGAUCAAUGGUGCGUAUUUCUUGAUUCUAGCAGUGGUGGUCUUUGGCGGGGUGUUAGCUUGCUGUGUGUUUAGGAAGCGGCGAAGAAAGAGCGAGUUCAGGUAUCAGGAGCUUGAAAUGGGGUCAGGAGAAGGAACCAAUAUAGAAACUGCAGAAGGUUGGGAUCAAGGAUGGGACGAUGAUUGGGAUGAGGAGAAUGCUGUGAAAUCUCCAGGUCAACAUCAUGUAGGAAAUAUAUCCGCAAAUGGCCUCACUUCUAGGCCUGCAAAUAAGGAUGGUUGGGAACGUGAUUGGGAUGACUAGGAAUUGACAACGAAAAGGGUUUCGGAAGAGUUCUACCUCUAUAUGGGAGGAGAAAAAGGAAACCAGGAGACACGACAAUACCAAAACCAGGUACGUGAUUCAAUUUCAUACCACCUGUACACUUAUCUUAUGAAAGGCAGCUUCAGUUUGGCUUUGCCAUUUAAAGGUACACAACGAGGUUGGUCGAAAUUUUGAAGUUGAGGAGGUGGAUUGUGUUGCCUUGUAAUACUGUUCCACUUAGAUAGCCUGUACAUUUAGCUUUACAUCCAAGGUGUUUUUUGAAACGUUGA